ACAACAACGCUAAUGAAAACACCCUCGCAUCCAUCAAAGCAAACAACUACGAAGCCGUGAUUUCGGGACUGCGAGCACCCGAAUCAGGAACAGUAAAGUCUGAAGACGAAGGCGGCCCGGACAAAUCCAGACUGGUGUUUUCCUGCCCCGACUCGGAGCAUCCCGUGUGCGAGCCGAACCCGUAUGCAGGGACUGAGCCGAUCGCCGGCAUGCUCAAUGCCGGCGAGGUUUACGACAACAACGUGCUGCGUCUCUGCCCUCCCUUUUUCCGCCAGGUUAGCCACUCGCAGAUGCUUGUCAACUGGCGUGAUUGGAAAGAAGGCGACCUGCAAACAUCAGCGGGCUUCGCACUGCUUCAUGAGAUGCAGCAUCUUGAUGCUAUAGUCGGCAAACCCAACCAUUGCGCUGAUCACGCGUAUACAGUUGCAGAGCAAGUUACUCUCUUGGGAUGA